CCAAAUGGCUUAUAAUUAUCAUUUGCUUUUUAAGUAAAUCAUAAGUUUAAAAAAAUAAAAAGGCUUACGGUUAGGGUUCUAACAAUUCAAAGGAGACUGAAAAUAGUAGGGAAUCAUAUAGAUUUUCUUGGUCAUUUUUAUGGCAUUGAAAUUGACAUCUAAAUUCACAACAUAUUCAUCAGUAAUGGGGAGAAUGGGAACGAAUCCUAAUGAUUACAAGAUUUUAGAAGAAAUUGGCCAUGGCGCCACUGCUAUUGUCUACAGAGCUAUCUACCUUCCUUUAAACAAAAUCGUAGCGAUCAAAUGUCUCGAUCUUGAUCGCUGCAAUAAUCUGGAUGGUAUACGCCGUGAAACCCAAACAAUGAUUUGGAUGGAUCAUCCAAAUCUUGUUCGUGCACAUUCUUCGUUCGUAGUUGAUAACAAUCUCUGGCUGGUCAUGCCUUUCCUAUCAAAGGGAUCCUGUUUGCACUGCAUAAAAGAAGUUUGUCCAAAUGGAUUCCAAGAACCCGCUAUCUGUUAUAUCCUGAAAGAAACUCUGAAGGCUUUGGAGUAUCUGCAUCGACAAGGAUACAUUCACCGGGAUGUCAAGGCUGGGAACAUAUUGCUUGAUGAAAACGGCAAAGUAAAACUUUCCGACUUUGGUGUCUCAGCUUGCAUGUUUGACUCAGGAGACAGACAACGUUGUCGAAAUACUGUUACUGGGACUCCUUGCUGGAUGGCACCUGAAGUCUUGCAGCAAGGGACUGGGUAUGACUCCAAGGCAGAUAUAUGGUCAUUUGGGAUAACAGCGUUGGAAUUAGCUCACGGUCAUGCACCCUUGUCCAAAUAUCCACCAAUGAAAGUUCUUCUGAUGACGGUACAAAAUGCUCCUCCACGACUUGAUUAUGAUUGUGAUAAGAAGUUCUCCAAGUCUUUUAAAGACAUGGUUGCCAUGUGCCUGGUGAAAGACCCAAGGAAGAGGCCAACUGCAGAGAAAUUGUUGAAGCACUCGUUUUUCAAACAUGCAAAGCCUCCUGAGGUUUCUUUGAAGAAGAUGUUAGCUGAUCUGGGACCACCAUUGAAUCCUGUGAGAGCCCUUCAGAAUAAUGAUUCUGCACAACUACCUUCAAAGGAAAUGCGUUCAGCAGAAGAAGCUAAAUCACAGAGUGAGUACCAAAGAGGAGUUAGUGCCUGGAAUUUUGAUAUCAAGGAUUUGAAAGCACAAGCAUCUCUGUUGCCUGAUGAUGAUGAUGAAAGCAUGAAACCCAGCCUCGGUUUUAACUGCAGGGAUGGAUUUACAAUGGGGCAAUGCAGGCAAUUGCUCCCACUGAAAUGCUAAACUUUUUUUUUUUGGUGUUGUAAUAUUAUGUAACUAAUACAAAUUCA